AUGGCGAUGGUGGAUUCCACCUCCAGCCGCGGAUCCGGGGGAAGGGCCCGGAGCAGCUGCCGGAGGAGGCUGUCGCUGUCCCCGUCCCCGUCCCUGCGGAGCGCCCUGCGCGGACUCUACGCCCUGGCCCUGCUCCUGUCGCUCGCCGUGGCCGUGCUGGGAGCGCUGGCGUUCCGGAGGGUGGAUUCCAUCUCCAGCCGGAUCAGCUCGGCCCAGACCUUCUACGAGGAGAAGCUUCUCUCCAUCCAGGAGGAUCUCCAGGGCUUGGGAGAGAAGAGCUCCGGGAACGUCUCCGGGCAGGAGGCGCAGCUGGAGCGAACCUCCCGGCGCCAUUCCCGGCUCUCGGCGGCGGGCGCGGGGCUCGGGGCGCGGCUGGAGAGCAGCGCGGGCUCGGUGCGGGGGCUGGCGCGGGGCGCGGAGCGGCUGCUGGCCCGGGCCGGGCGGUGCCGGGACGAGGCGUCCCGGCUGGACGCGGAGGAGCGGCGGCGGGAGCUGGGGGAGCUGCGGGACGGGCGGGAGCGCGCCCGGGAGCUGCUCGGGAGCGCGCAGGGCGCGGCGGGGGCGGCGGCGCGCAGGGAGGGCGGGAAUUCCCGCGGGCUGCAGGAGCUGGCGAUGCGCGCCGCCGAGCUGCAGGAGCGCCUGGACAGCGCCAGCGCCGAGCUGGAGGAGCAGCGGGACAACCUCGGAGACGCCCGGUACCACGGGGGCCACGCCCAGAACCGCACGGCCGACGGGUUCCGGGCGCUGGAGGGGCUCCUGGAAUCCCACGGGGAGGAGAUCGGGACCAUCUCGGCCAACCUGGCGGCCACGGGCGGGCACGUGCUGGCCAUGCUGCGCUACCUGGGCUCCGUGCGGGAAUCCUGCGCCCGCCGCCUGCGCGCCCACGCCCGCGACAUCCUGCGGCUCAACGGGUCCCUGGCGGCGCUCCAGGGGUCCGCCGGGAUCCUGCGGGAGCGCUUCGGGAUCCUCGGGGCCCGCCUGGACGUCGGGGUCCGGAACCUGUCCCUGCUGCUCGAGGAGAUGAGGGCGGUGGACGCGCGGCACGGGGACGCGCUGCGGGACAUCACCCUGCUCCGAGGUGAGGGAAACCUGGGGAGGUGUUCCUGGGAUUGG